AUGGACGGUGUCGUUGAAUACCCCGCUGCAAAAAGACUGCGGCGAGCUGAGACGGAAACCCAGAGCACACCACCGCCUUCUUCCUCACGUCUUUUUGCGCCAUUCCGGACAAUCGGCCUAGUGUCGCCCACAAGCGUGCCCUUUACCACUGUCCCACUGGGAAAAACAACCUUUCAAAUCACUACAUCCAUAGGGACUAGUCUUCAGACUUACGACCUGCGAAGAGGGCUCAAUCUAGUCUUCCUAAGCCGCCCUCACUGCCCGAGGCCGAUAACUGCUACUGUAGCUUAUCGCGAUCGGGUAUUUGUGGCAUGGGGCGGGUUGCAACCCGGUGAGCCCCAUGGCGUUUGGAUUCUCAAGAGAGGUAGACUUGUUGGCGAACUAGACGUCAGAGAUACCCAUUUUCAAGAGAUAGGCCACAUAGUAGUCUUCGGCGCCUGGAUUGUUGGUUGCGGUCCCGAGGCUAUCGAAGUUUGGAAACUCGAUUCCUCAGAGCAUUAUACCACCAUUCUUCCCUCUAAUCAGAACAACAGUUCUCUCUCACGAUCUACCUUCACAGGGUUGGUCUGUACACUACCGACGCUUUUGAACAAGGUCUUUGUAGGAAGACGAGAUGGCCUAGUUGAGGUCUACAACGUGAGCACAGGCAAAUUAGUUCACACAAUUCUGGCACCUACAGGAGACUCGGGCUCGGUCACCGCGCUCAGCUCAACUCUGGCGCUUGGUCUACUCGCAAUAGCCUAUGCUGAUGGCUCAAUCGUCGUCUUCGAUGUCGAGGCUGAUCAGUCAGUCCUAGUCCUACACCAACGGAGUACUACCAAGCCCGUCACUUCGAUUAGUUUUCGCAGUGACGGUUUAGGAGCUGGCGAGGAUGGCCGCAAAGAGGGGGUCAUGGCUACUGCAAGUGAGGAAAGUGGGGACGUCACUUUUUGGGAUCUCAAUCGUGGCGGAAAGGUGGUCGGAGUACUACGAGGCGCACAUGAGACCUCAAAUCUUACCAGUGGAACUGGUAUCACCAAGAUCGAAUUCCUCCCGGGUCAGGCUGUUUUGAUCUCCUCCGGGAAGGACAAUGCCCUGCGCUCAUGGGUCUUUGAUCAAACACCAUUCUCUCCAAUUCCGCGACCACUUCAUUCGCGAAGUGGCCAUGCCUCCUCGAUCACCAAAUUGCAGUUCCUUCCAGCGGCUUCUGAUGGCUCCGAUGCAGCUGGGAAAUGGUUGCUGUCUGCUGCCCAAGACCGCAGCCUCUGGGGUUUUAGUUUGAGAAAAGAUGGGCAAAGUACGGAGAUCAGCCAAGGGGCAAUAAAGUCGAAAGCCCGAAGAACUGGAUUGGCUACCGACGGUGCUUCGGCAGUGGAAGAAUUCAAAGCAAGUCCCAUCAUCGACAUUGCGUGCUCGAUAAAUCGAGACGGUGGUAUGGGUACGGUGAAUGGUCCUGUAUGGACGAAUGCCAAAACCGCGAAUGCAGAAGAGGUUAGCAUGACCGGUUGGGAAAGCGUAAUCACCGCUCAUGCGGAGGAUCAGUUCGCCAGAACCUGGUCUUGGGGAAGGAAAAAGGCUGGACGGUGGGCCUUUGAAACGGGUGAUCGCAAAAAUGUCACGAGUGUGGCAAUGACAGCUUGUGGCACUUUCGCCAUUGUUGGCUCUGCUGGAGGUUGCCUUGACAUGUUCAACCUACAGUCAGGGGCUCACCGCCAACGAUAUCCUCCUCGUCUAACACCGGCUCAAGCAAAGCAAGCCAAGUUACAACGACAGAGCUCCGAGCACAUAGCCAGUGUACCACGAGGGCAUAAGGAUGCAAUCACUGGUAUCAUCGUGGACAAUCUCAACCGCAUGAUGAUCACCACGAGCCUGGACAACUCUAUCAUUUUCUGGGAGUUCUCAACUGGAAACCUCGUGUACAGAAAGUACCUAGACUCGGCGGUGGUCACGGCCUUGCGGUACAAUCCUGUUUCGGGUCUCCUUGCACUCUCCUGUGAUGACCUGUGCAUCCGUAUUAUGGACAUCGAAACCCGCAAGACCGUUCGGGAACUCUGGGGUUGUGUGGGACAAAUAUAUGACUUCUGUUUCUCGCAUGAUGGCAGAUGGGUCGUGGCAUGUUCCAUGGAUUCCGUUGUUCGGGUAUUCGACCUCGCAACUGGCCAUCUGAUAGACGGCUUUAAGACUCCCACUUGUACGAAUGUGGCAUUUUCAAAUACCGGUGAAUUUCUCGCAACCACACAUGCCGGUAGCACUGGAAUCAACAUCUGGACCAACAAAGCACUUUUCAGCCAUAUUCCUACCAGACAGGUUGAUGAGACUACCGGUAUUAUCGACCUCAGCGAAACCGCUCAAUUCCAGGCAGCGAGUCAGCUCGGCCUUGAUGAUGAAGCAGAGUCUCAGGACGAGCUUGCGGAAGAAUUGGCCGACACAAAAGACCUCGACCAAAUCCACGAGCAUCUGUUAACGCUCUCCAUUGUACCUCAUUCAAGGUGGCAGACGCUGCUCAAUCUUGACCAGGUUCGACAACGGAACAAACCCAUACAACCUCCUGAAAAACCGAAAGCUGCUCCAUUUUUUCUCGGGUCUAGCCUCAGCAAUGGCAAUAGCAUUCCCACAAACUCAGGAGAGACAGUUAAGCUGGUUGGAGACACCGAACGGUCCCGCAUCUCUCGGCUAGCUGCCGAUUCGCGAAGCGGCAACCAAUCUCAGAUGUCCAGUCUACUGGAAGACUUUGACUCCGGAGAAGGGCAAGAUCCAGCGCGAAUUUCUCAGCAUCUAGCCUCUCUACCGCCGUCCGCCGCUGACCUCGAGAUACGUUCUCUAACACUAGAUGAAAUGCCACUGUUCGUUCGCGCUUUGACGCAGCAACUCCGACUGAGGAAAUACUUCGAAUUGGUCAACACUUGGAUGAGUGUUUUCCUCAGAUUGCACGGUGACUUUGUCAGCGAAGUCGAGGACUUGGUUGUGGCAGUGUCGGCAUGGCGGACAGCAAUGGAGUCUGAGGAGAAGAGACUAGGCCAGUUGGUGGGUUAUACUAGAGGCGUGGUGGAAUUCUUAAGGAGUGCCAGAUAA